CGGAUGCAGAGUGGCAGGUUCCGCUUAGUUGUGAGCAGGUUUGAGUGGCUCGGUGUGUUGUGCUGUGAGACCUGCUGCUGUGUGCUCUGACAACCUCUGAAGUUGCAACAUGAAUACAGUGACCUAUGAUGAUGUGCAUGUGGACUUCACUCGAGAAGAAUGGGCUUUGCUGGAUCCUUCACAGAAGAGUCUCUACAAAGAUGUGAUGGUGGAAACCUACAGGAACCUCACUGCUAUAGGCUACAAUUUGGAAGACCAUAAUAUUGAAGAAAAUUGUCAAAGUUCUAGAAGACGUGCAAGGCAUGAAAGAAGUCAUACUGGAGAGAAACCCUAUAAAGGUAUUCAAUAUGGUGAAUCCUUUGUACAUCACAGUAGUCUUCAAAUACAUAAAAGAACACACACUAGAGAGAAACUGUAUAAAUGUAAUCGAUGUGAUAAAGCCUUUUCACAACACAGUUAUCUCAUAAUCCAUAAAAGAACACAUACUGGAGAGAAGCCCUAUGAAUGUAAUCAAUGUGGUAAAGCCUAUUCUCGACACAGUUAUCUCCAAAUACAUAAAAGAACACAUACUGGAGAGAAACCUUAUGAAUGUAAGCAUUGUAGUAAAGCUUUUGCAAGCCAUGAUCAGCUUCGAAGGCAUGAAAGAAUUCAUACUGGAGAGAAACCUUACAAAUGUAAUCAAUGUGAUAAAGCCUUUUCACGACACAGUCAUCUCCAAAUACAUAAAAGAACACAUACUGGAGAGAAACCCUAUGAAUGUCAUCAAUGUGGUAAAGCCUUUUUAUGUUCCGGUCAUCUUAAAAUACAUAAAAGAACACAUACUGGAGAGAAACCUUAUGAAUGUAAACAAUGUGGUAAAGCCUUUACAUAUCGUGGUGGACUUCAAAGUCAUGAAAAAACACAUACUGGAGUUAAGCCCUAUGAAUGUAAUCAAUGUGGUAAAGCCUUUGCAUCUAACAGUAGUCUUCACUACCAUAAAAGAACACAUACUGGAGAGAAACCCUAUGAAUGUAAUCUAUGUGUUAAAGCCUUUUCAUGUCAAAGUAGUCUUCAAAAUCAUAAAAGAAUGCAUACUGGAGAGAAGCCCUAUGAAUGUAAUCAAUGUGGUAAAUCCUAUACAAACCCACGUAGUCUCAGAAUACAUAAAAGAACACAUACUGGAGAGAAACCCUAUGAAUGUAAUCAAUGUGGUAAAGCCUUUGCAUGUCACAAUGGUCUUCAAAAUCAUAAAAGAACACAUACUGGAGAAAAACCCUAUGAAUGUAAUCAGUGUGGUAAAUCCUAUACAAAUCCACGCAGUCUCAGAAUACAUAAAAGAACGCAUACUGGAGAGAGGCCCUAUGAAUGUAGUCAAUGUGGUAAAGCCUUUGCAUACCAUGGUUAUCUUCAAAUCCAUAAAAGAACACAUACUGGGGAGAAACCCUAUAAAUGUAAUCAGUGUGGUAAAGCUUUUACAUGUCGUAGUAGUCUUCAAAAACAUAAAGGAAUGCAUAGUGGAAAGAAACCCUAUGAAUGUAGUCAAUGUGGUAAAGCCUUUGCAUAUCAUAAUUAUCUUCAAAUACAUAAAAGAAAACAUACUGGAGAGAAAACCUAUAAAUGUAAUCAGUGUGGUAAAGCUUUUACAUGUCGUAGUAGUCUUCAAAAACGUAAAGGAAUGCAUAGUGGAAAGAAACCCUAUGAAUGUAGUCAAUGUGGUAAAGCCUUUUCACAACCACACAAUCUCCAAAUACAUAAAAGAAAGCAUACUAGAGAGAAACCUUAGAAAUAUAAUGAAUGUGAUAAAGCCUUUUCACAAUACUACAAUCUCCAAACACAUGAAGAACACUUACCAGAGAGAAACCUUAUGAAUGUGAUCAAUGUGGUAAAUCUCUUUCAUGUUCAACUUUUAAGGCAGGAAAUAAUUCAUACUGGAGAGAAACCUUACAAAUGUAAUCAAUGUAAAGCCUUUGCAUUUCAUGAUAAUCUCCAAAGAUAUAAAAGAACACAUAUUGGAGGAAAAACCCUAUGAAUGUAAUCAAUGUGGCAAAGUCAUAUUUCAGGUCAGUAGUCUCAGAAUUCAUAGAUAGAUAUAUACUGGAGAGAAACACUAUGAAUGUCAUCAUUGAGGUAAAGCCUUUUCAUAACCAAGUAACCUCCAAAUAUAUAAAAGAACACAUGGAAAGGAACCAUAUGUAUGUAACCAAUGUGGUAAAGCCUUUGCAAGUCACAGUAAUCUUCAAAGGUGGUGGUUUGAAUAUUGGCCACUGGGGAAGUGGUACUAUUAGGAGAUGUGGCCUUAUUUGAGGAAUUAAGGGGAUUAAUUCCACUGUGGGGAUGGGCUUUUUGGCUCACCCAGCACUGGACACUGCCAUGCUUCCCUCCUUGAUAAUAAUGGACUGAAC